AUGAAGGCUCACAUUGUCAGACAAGGGGGAACCCGAUCACGGAGCCUACAGGCGGAGUUUUCCCUUCUCAUGCAGUGGGCAGAGCAAAACCUCACCUCCCUGUCAGCAGAGCACCUCAGCGGGGAGCAGAAUACCACAGCAGGCUGGCUCAGCCGCCACAGGGUUCUGCCAUGGGAGUGGUCUUUACACCCGCAGGUGUUCACCAGAAUUCAGCUGAGGUACAGCCGGCUAGAGAUAGACCUCUUCGCAACAAAUCUCAGUCACCAGCUGCCUCGCUUCUUCGCGGAGCACCAGUCCCUGGGAGCGGAGGGCCCACCUAGUGCUGAUUGCUCCCUGGUGGCCAUGGAGACCAUGGUUCUCGGAGCUCCUCAACCUCUCAGUCGCAGAUCCGUGGAGGCUAACACGGAGGCCGCCACCCUCCAACCACAGCCCACGGUGGCUUUGCUUCCCAUUAUCCUCGAGUGUCUGGAAUGUGUCUUUCAGCUCCGGCAAUACCUCUUGCAUGUCUUGAUGGCGGAUAGAGAGGGGAACAAUACGUCACUCUCUGCUCGAGACACCCCUCCUCCCGCCGCCCCAAAACGUGGCUGGCCCUCCGUCCAAAGCGCUCUAUUACGAGGGUCCCGCCCCGGGAGGGGUGGCUCCGCGGAGGGCCUUUUCCUUCUAGAGAAGCACUGCGGGGCCAGGCAGAGGAGAGCCCUGGCCCUUCUCGCCCCCGGAACUCCUCCUGAUAAGGGAGCUUUGAACGCGGAGGUUCCUCCUUGUUUUAAGAAGAAGCAGACCAAGCACACGGAAAGGAGAUGGAACACAAGCACAGAGUCAGAAAGAAGGUCAUACGAGAACCCGAGCCUACACCGCACUCUGCACACCUUGGACAAGAACAUCCAGUAUCUCACCUGGCAAAUGCAACGCAUCAGUGGCACGAUCUCACGGAGUCCAUCAAACACUUCCGUGGCGUCCAUCACCUCCGUUUACAGCUGGGGACAUUCAUCUGGAGAUGCUGCUCACUAUAGCAUGUUGGGAUCGCCUCCCUCCCCCGUGCCUGUCACCCUAGAAGAAGAAGAAGAAGAAGCUCAUCUCACCAGGUCCUCCCGGCUGGGGUUCCGUCAGGCCCGACAGAGGUCCCACUCCGACCCCAAGGCCAACGUCAACCUGCAUCAGGCGCAGCUGCAGGGCCGGUGGGGAGGCCCUCCGCCCCGGUCCAACUCCACGACCAGGCUGAUCCCCAGCGCUCCUUCCUUGUGCUCAGCUGUCAAACCCUUAGGCAUGCCUGCCCACUCUCUGAGACGAGACAGCAGAAUCGGCUUUCUGGACUACAAGGUCCAGGAGCUGCUCGACUGGCACGUGCACAGGAAACAUCGGCAAAAGGAAGUGGUGCCAUCGCCCCGGGCCCCCAGCCCCAAAGGCAGGGCACGGGCGGGCAGCGCCACCAUCCCGAAAGGGGGGAUACUGCAGUGGGUGAGCCAGCAGCUCUCCAUCUGCCCAAGGCCAGGUAGCCACACACCCCCUCCAGCCCUUCCGCAGAGGUGUCAAACCCCACCCAAGGCCUCUCACGUACGAAGCCCCGGCCCCUGCCCCAGGACCCCCGGGCCUCCCCCCGAAGACUUCCUGGCUCCCCCCAACCUGUUCUGCAAGUCUGGAAGCUGCAGCAGUCUGCGGGGACAAGCGGAGGGCAAGAUGGGCAGCGGGGCUGCCAAGGAGGGCCUGGGGGGCAUCUUCAGUCUGCUUGGGCAAAGCAAGAGCCCCCCCCUGCCUAAGGACCCCGGGAGACCCAGGACCCGCAAAGGGAAGGAGAGGGAUAGCGGGGCCAGGAGAUCACCGAGCACCCCCAAGGAGGCCAGAGCUGGCAGCCCCAAGGACAAGCCGAGGGAGAUCGAGGUCAGCGCAAUGGUGGACAGGAAGGUGUGCUGGGGCAACGCCUUGCCUGACGCCCCAGAGGCCCACAUCGCCUUUGAGCAGCGGAGCACAGUGCUGCCGCCGUUCCUGGACCCCUCUUUCAUGUGCCAGAACCAGCUGGAGCUGCCCUGCAUGACGGCAGCCCGAGUGGAGCUGCACCACGAGAACAACAGGCGUGCUGUGCUCCCCCCCAAGCCCCAGUGCCUGGCCCACAGCAUCGUGGAGUCGCUAGACACAGACCAGGCCACGCGGGACCUGCACCUGUGCCUGGCCAAGACGCUGGAGAAGGGGCGCGCCCGGCCGAGCGUGGAGUACCCCGUGUGCCUGCUCUGUGGCCGCUGCACCCCCUACUGCCCCCACCCGCGCCCGCGUCACAGCCCAUCCCUCCUGGUCUACCCGCGGCUGAGCGUCCGGGAAGGCGAGGUCCACAUGUGCCUGGGCUUCCUCCUGAAGAUCAAGAGGUCUGAGGCCAGCGAGUGGGGGCUGCUGCAAGCGGUGGGCGCCUCCAAGCAGCCCCUGGGGAAAGAGGGGCCCCCCAGGCACGAGAGGAGCAGGAGCAGGCACAGGAAGAGUCGGGGAGCCGAAACCCAGCCUCAGUCCCCAGAGAAGGCGCCACGCUUGCCCAAGCAGCAGCCGCCCGCGCAGGGAGGGGACCCAAGGGCCAGAGGCCGGAGGAGUGUUCCUAGGCGCUCCCCACAACCAUCCAAAAGACGCCACCAGCCGCAACUGGGAAAGCCGGCCUCGUCGGCAGCAGCAGCGUGGGUCCACGCCAAGCCCCCCAAGAACCCCCCCAGCGUCCUGAAACAGCUGCUGUUAUACAUAAAGAACGCCUGGGCUAAGAUGCGAGGGAGAGCCCCCAAGGAGCAGGGCUCUACGGCUUCUCUGUGCAAGUUGGGGGGGGCCCUUGGGCCCCCUGGAACACUGGGGGUUCCUUCAGCCACUGCCUCUGAGCCCCACAACCAAGGGGGGAUUUUGCUUCACAGGCAGGGCUCUCGGCCCAUGGUUGGGAGCUACAAAGAACUCCUGCCUCCUGCCGGGCAAGCCUCUGCCUUGGGGCACUGGAGGUUGUCCCUGAAUCUGGACGAGCCCGAGGCUCCCCGGGCCCCCAAGAAAGGGGAGAACCGCCACACAAAGGCAGCUUCUUCUGGGGCAUCAAAGAAAUUGGCGAGACAGUCUUCCCCGGCACAAACGAGGAAGGCGCCCUCCAAGCAAGCAUCCCGCAGAGACAACAUGUACUGAGAGCCUCAGCGGGGAUGCCCAACCUGCUCGCCUUGGGCGGGGGCCUUCUCCUGCAGGUGUAACCCCUAUGGGUUAUAUUGGUUUGGUCCAGUGGGUGGAGAAACCUUAUGGAAGGAUUGUAUUAAGGAGUUGAGUACAAACCGUGAGGAAGCUGAAGAGAAAAGGAGCUGUUAAUGCCAGGGAGUAAGGACUAGGCCCUUGUCACCUUGAAUUAGGGCUUUGAAGUUUGCAAUUGGAAAAUUCCGAAUUUUCUCUACUGGACUUUCUGCAAGCAACUUCUUCAGUUAUGUCUUGCUGAAUGCAUUGGACUUUGGGAAUUAUUAUGUUAAGAUAUAUGAUAUAUU